AGAGCAGAGCAGAGCAUCGCACAGACGCACGCUCGGAGUCAAAGAUAAGCUAGAUAAAUAGUCCAGAGUUCACACAUCAUGCGCGCUCCGGCGAACCUCCUGCACCGCGCGGCCCUCGCGAACAGUGGCCCGGGCGAGCCAUCGUCGUCGCCGGUGAGUAUGAAGGCACCUGAGCAGCAGCAGCAGACGGCGCCUCCGAUGGCGGUCAACUCGGACAUGGUGCUCAUCCUAGCGUCGUUGCUAUGUGCGCUCGUCUGCGUCCUCGGCCUCGCCCUCAUCUCCCGGUGCACGUGCCGUCGCCGCCGCUCGGCCUCAUCAUUCGAUGACGCUCCUCCUCCCCCGAAGGGCCUCAAGAAGAAAGUUAUCCACGCGCUCCCCACCGUCUCCUUCGUCGCCAACGGGCCUUCUCCGACGCCUGCGACAGGCUCGUCGUCAGAAUGUGCGAUCUGCCUGGCGGAGUACAUGGAGGGGGAGGCCCUGCGCGUGCUGCCACGGUGCGGCCACGGCUUCCAUGUCGCAUGCGUCGACGCCUGGCUCCGGACCUGUGCCACGUGCCCCUCCUGUCGUGCCCCCAUCGUUGCCACGCCCGCGGGGCCGGCGUCGACAACCACGGUGGUCGUCGUGGCGGCGGCAAACAACAGGUGCGGGAGGUGCGGCGAGCUGGCGGCGCCGACCGGUGGUGACGAUGACACGUUUUUACCUUAGUUUGAAAUUAAUCAGGUUUGUGUUGAUUUUGUAAAGUAAAACUUAUGUGUUCCUUAAGAUUUGCCAUUUAAUUAGGCUUUAUUGCUGGCUUGUUGCAUUCGACCCAGCAAAACAUAAAUUGUAUGCUCUGCUGGUACUUGUGCAAAAAUUGUCCGUGUAUUUCUCUACCUUUUGCGAUAUUCACCUCUUGUCCACUUCUUCUUCUUCUCCAACCAAUUGAGCAUCUCGAUUAAUCGAAGAAAACUUCAAUUUCAUUUCGACUCUACGAAUAUUUGCAGGGUAGAAUCUAUUGCCUUUUUCAUUGUGUUUUGGGUGCUUCAUCUGGUUUAGUCAAUAAAACUUUUAGUCUCCAUCAGAAUCGAUUCGCCCAUUCAUUACAGCACAACAUGAUAGCAACUCGACUGAUGGAGAUCAUUUGAAGGAAAACUAAAGUGGAAGGAUAACACAUCCUGAGUCUAGCUUGAUUGCCGUUAAAGUAUGCUGGCUGAUGUGGACGUGAUGUCUAGCUGAGACAAAUUUCUGUCAGUUGAUAAAUAGCCAGGGACUGUGAAAUACUGAGACAUGU